AUGAGCCCCAUAUCCCGUAUGCGUCCCAGAUGGCAGAUUUCACUCCCGACGCCAACAGCUAAGGUCGUGCCUCAAGCUGCCGAUAUCCUGUCCUUUACGCCCGACAUGCAGACCCAUCAUCUCGAGACCAUACAAGCUAUUGCCAACUGCCCUGAACGUACGUGCGAGAAUUCUAUCUUCGAUCGCCAAAACGAGGGUGUGGGCAACGCUGUCGACGUCGUGGCCGAAAAGAGCGUCGUGAAGCACUAUGCUGGGUUUGAGGGCCAUAUGACGGGGGUGCUAAGGGCUAUGGAUGGAAUUGCGAAGAAGGCGAGGUCCGGGUUGUCAUUGGGCUUGCGAAAGAUGAGCCUUCUGUUGGGGCUGCGAUCAUUGCUCUUUCAGCUGUACGACGGGAUUUCUGGUGCUGAGACUUGA